UGAGCUUUUCCCCAUGCCGCGCAGCCCCCACCUCGGGAUCUCGGCGGGUUCCCUUCGGCCCCGGCUCCCUCAUUUCGCCAGCGGCCACGAACCCCCCGCACCAAUCUGCAUAUUCACAUGAUCGCAAAUGACCCGCGGCUCCGGCGGCAGCGUCUCAAGCGCCCUCCGCCCUCCCGCAGCAGCAGUAAGUGUGGACGACUGUGCAAGUGUGAGAGCAUCAUGGUAGCAUUCAAAGGAGUCUGGACUCAGCCCUUCUGGAAAGCUGUUUCAGCAGAAUUUUUGGCCAUGUUGAUUUUUGUCCUCCUCAGCCUUGGCUCUACAAUCAACUGGGGUGGAUCAGAGAAGCCACUGCCCGUAGACAUGGUCCUUAUCUCUCUCUGCUUUGGACUCAGCAUUGCAACCAUGGUGCAGUGCUUUGGACACAUCAGCGGUGGCCACAUCAACCCUGCAGUGACCGUGGCCAUGGUCUGCACAAGAAAGAUCAGCCUUGCCAAGUCUGUCUUCUACAUUCUUGCCCAGUGCCUGGGAGCCAUCGUGGGAGCUGGCAUCCUCUACCUCAUCACACCACCGAGUGUGGUGGGAGGCCUGGGAGUCACUGCGGUACAUGGGGAUCUUUCCGCUGGCCAUGGACUCCUGGUGGAGCUGAUAAUUACAUUCCAGCUGGUUUUUACUAUUUUUGCCAGCUGUGAUUCAAAACGAAGUGAUGUCACUGGUUCAGUAGCUUUAGCAAUUGGAUUUUCUGUUGCGAUUGGACAUUUAUUUGCUAUCAAUUACACUGGUGCCAGUAUGAACCCUGCUCGCUCAUUUGGACCUGCUGUCAUCAUGGGAAAAUGGGAAAACCAAUGGGUUUACUGGGUGGGACCAAUAAUAGGAGCAGUCCUUGCUGGUGCUCUAUACGAGUAUGUCUAUUGCCCAGAUGUGGAGCUCAAGCGCCGUUUUAAAGAUGUCUUCAGUAAAGCUGCCCAGCCGUCCAAAGGGAAAUACAUAGAAGUGGAUGACACCAGGAGCCAUGUAGAGACCGACGACCUGAUUCUGAAGCCUGGCGUUGUCCAUGUGAUUGAUAUUGACAGGAGUGAGGACAAGAAGGGAAGAGAUCCAUCAAGUGAGGUGCUGUCUUCUGUAUGACUAGCAAGGAGCACUGAAAGCAGAGAGCAGCCUGCCAGCGAGUCCACAGAUAUCCUUCCACCUAUUAAAGAAACAGAUCUUCUCUAAACUGAGCAUCUAUCAUUUCUUAAAAGGUGUGGUGAAGGCAGCUGUGUGGUAGUAGCAUCAACAAACCAUACAUCUGCUCAGCUGGAAUAUUAGGACUUCAUUAUAAUUAUGAUUCCCCAUGAAUUAUUCCAAAUUAGGAGUUGUUCCUACUAUUUUCCUUCCUUUCUUUCCAGAACAACCCCAAAGUCAAAAAGAGAUGAAAGCAUUCUUCUUUAAUAAAUCAGUCAAUAAUAAGACGAAGAUAGAGAUGUUUAACAUUCAGAUUGACAGAUAAGACAUAUCAGGAAAUGCCUAUAGACAUGAAGACCUACUUAUCAGAUUGUUCUUCUGACACUUAAUUGACUGUUGUCAGCUUUGAUUAGAACAUCUUAUCCAUUAAGAAUUCUCUGUGAGGUUCAGGGACAGCACCAACUGUAUUUAAGAGUUUUAUCCAAAGUCAAGCGAAGGAGUACUGUUUCCACUCACAUAUGCCACUACUACCUUGCAAACUACCUCUGAAAUAAAUUAUUUUUUAAUAGGCUCCAGAAAAAAUUCGAUCAACCCAUCAAAUUUCACUCAUAUGAUUUUCUGUAUAAAUGUAUUACCUUCAUCUCUUCCCAGGAGUAAAUAUGCUGAAAUUGAAUGUUGAAGUCUACCGUAAUAAGACUACAAAGUGUUUAACUGUACUUCAUGCUCACUUCUGACAUUGUCUAUCUGGUGAAACAUUCUCCUGGGGUUUGACUAUUGACCAUUUCUUGUUAGCAGACUCUCAAGGUCAUGCAAAGAAUAUAAAGGCUUUCCUGUUACAUAAUAACUCAAACAAGACCUAUCAGAAGAAAAAAAGGCAUAUCUGUUUUCAGUGCACUUGUUUAAAUACAGAUUUCUGGGCAAAUUUAUGUAAACUAAAAGUUUAAAUUACUUACCUACUUUCUUACAGGAUGGUCAGAGAUUUGGGGUUUUUAAUUUAUUAGUAAUGUAGAGAGUUUUUAAAUUUUAACUGUAUUCAAACACUGAUUGAGGAGUAUUUUUUAUAACAGAGGAUAAAAACAUGACUGCUUCUGCCUUUCUGUUGUAACUAAUGCCUAACUAGCUGAACAGGAUCCUUUCUUGUUCCACAGCUCAUCUAGUCUUAAUUAUAUCUCCAGUAAAGGCUGCUUUAUUUGUUGUUAGGAAAAGAUGCAAACACUUGAAGGGUUUUUGAGGGAAGGGGACAUGAAAUCAGUAAUUAGGCUUUCCCCCAUAGAAGUAUUUUAAUAGACAUAAUCAUCUCACCGGAACAUUUCUAUAAAGCUGUUACUUACUGCUUUUGCUUCUGAUCAGUGGCUUUGGGUUUUACAAGAUGCAGCUGCCAGUCAGGAGCAUUAUAUUAUUACUGUAAUUGUGUCAUUUUUAUUUUGAAAUUGAAAAGCUAUUCCUGCCUACUUAAGAAUAAGAGGGAAAAAAAGCAUUAGUCCUGGCUGUGGGCUGUAAUAGACUUGUAUCCUCUUUGUCGUGCUCUACAUGCAAUCUUUAUUGCAGGGAAUUAGAUGCUUCUAGUGAGAUAAUAAACCACUGCUAAACUGAAAUCUGUGCACUGUGAUCCAAGGACAAUUCCAACUCACAGCACUGUAUAGCUCCAGCAUGUCCUGCUGUAUUCAUUCUCCUACUAUCACACUUUUCUUGCCUUAAAAACCCUGUUAGAGAGUGGCACAAGCUACCUGCAUUGAGCACUAGAGUUGUGAUUCUUCCACCAUUUGCAUUUGGGCUCUGCUCCUGCCUCUGCUGUGCAGGCACAGCACAUGGCACACAUGGGCUUCCUGGGGUGACCCAGUGACAGCCCUGCUCCUGGCCAGACGUACUCCUGCCAUGUACUUGCAGAAUAUGGUAAAACAGCUGAUGGUUGUCCCUAGCUUACAUCCUUAGGACAGCAUCAUGGUUCAAGAGCAGGAACAUGGCUAGGGACCUGCUGGCAUUUGACCUGCUGUAUCAAAUCAGAGAUAAGAGCCAAGCAAGAGCUAAGGAUCACAGAUAAGAGUUAAGCCACAGCAGGAACUGAGUCUCCAGGGGAUGGGCAACAUAGAUGUAGCGUUUGGAUUCCUGUCUGCCUUUUUCAAAUGGGUAAGUAUCAUCCUAUAUAGAUUCAAUCACAAAGAGUAAAAAUAGUGGGUUUUUUGUUUGUUUGUUUGUCUGUUCUGUGUGUUUUUUGUUUGUUUGUUUGUUUUUCUCUAGACAUUUGUCCUGGCUUUUUUUUUCUUCAAACACUGUGUUUGUUAAAGGGACAUUUUGAUUAAACCUUUUCAUGGCUUAAGCAGGUAAAAUGAAGAGCGUUAUAUUCAUAGCACUAGCAGCUUGUUAAAAUUUUUUGCAUUCUUGUGUUUAAAAGUACUCCUUAGAAACUCACAAUAUGCAGAUUUUGCAUGGUGCUGUAUUAUUUCAAUAAGAAGCUGUGAUUUGCUUUAUGCUUAAGGGUCCUUUACACCAAUUGCGUAAUAUUUGUUUUCUUCACAUCAUCUGAUUCUGUUGCAGAGGUGAGCAUAGCAGGAGCAUGGUACUGGCCAACUGUAUUAGGAAAUUUUUUUCCUUGAAACACAGUUUACUAAUGAAUUGUGGAAAACACUCAGAACCAAACCUACUCACAGGAACUCCUUACUCAACAAGAGUAUUGGAGAUAAGAUGCUGAGGAUCCUGAAAAGAUUGAGAGAAAGAAGAGAAACUAAAGUAAAGAGACCAUUAGCUGAUAAAGGAUGCUGUCACGCAUUGGUCAAUUUAGGAAAGCGAGAACUGUUAGGUUUGCUCCUGCUUCCAUGGAAUCAAACUUGUGGAGAAGUUCGUCAUUAGCUGCAAAGAAAAUGAUGCUGAGCUUUUUAGGGAGCUGAUGGCUCUUCUCAUGCACUUCACCGUAGUUUUUCCCAAGCAAGCACUUUUAAGCAAGAUAGUAAAUUAUGGAAGGAGAUUUUGCAUUCAACUUGAGGUUUAUGACUCACCCUAAAGUAAAUCCUUAGGUGUAACUACCUCCAAAGCCCAUCGUACCCCGCAACGGGAGAUCACCAUUUGUGGUGUUCAAGGUAUAUUCAAGUAACAUCACACCUCAGCACCCCUUAGGACUCGGCUUUAAACUUCAAGGGUAUGUGCUUCUCUAAGUUGCUUUGCAGUGGCAUCAUUAUAAAAACAAUUAUUUAACACUUCAUAUGGGUUAUAAACACUUAGCAUAUGUACUGGUUAAUGUUGGUGGAUAUAAAUCACAGUAAGCUUGACAGGUGUUUCACCAUUAUUCUGGAAAAAUUGUGAAUGAAUCUCAUACCCCUCCAUGAUGGCACAGGUGUUUCCAACACUGCAUUUGCACAUUAACGAGCAUAUUCAGAAUAUUUAAUCCCCAGACUUCAGAAAAGAAAGGAUGAAAGCUGAAGGUGCUUACACUGAGGCACACAAAUACCUUUCAGGUUGCCUAAAUCCUGAGGAGUUUGUCAGCCAAAUCUUCACUAAAAAAGAAAAAGAAAGAAAAAACCCUUCUCAUGUUGAAGUAUAUGGGAGUUUUUUCAUUCAGUGGAAGCAGAAGCAAGGCUCGUCUCAUAUGCAGCAUUUAGGCUUGUCACAUGUAUUUGCACAUGAGUUUUUCAAAAUGUGUUUUAAUUAUUAAUUAUUGGGCAUGGUAGAUGCCUAAAAAGAUAAAUGCCUUCAGAUAGGGCUUUCACCUUUCUAAUGCUAGCUAAAAGCAGUUGCAUCUGAAAUCUGCAACAUUUUAGUUUAAGUCUGUGUAACACAUGCAGGAUGUAAUAUACCAUCCACUAUUUAUAACCUAAAGAAAAUAUGUGAGAAUUUAUGUUAUGAACCUUUCUGUCCAAGGUGAGAGAUGUGGAUGCCACACAUUCUGACUCUCAAAUCAACCUGUGCGUAUUUGAGUUUCUCAAGGACUUACAAAUAGACAUGAUGCAAAUACAGACUGAAUUAUUUGUUACGUGGUUAGUUAUACAAUUUAAAUCAUGCUGAUGCAGUCUUUGCAAUUUAGGACAAGCGAGGUAGAGCAAACUAUGUUUGAUGAUUUUUCCACCACGUUGCUUAAUGUGAAAAUGUUUAGUCACUGUCAUAUCAGAACUAAUGUUGUAGGACUUAAACUUUCCAUGUGUUAUGUUUGGAAUAAUCUACUGAAGAAUACACUAUGAAAUAAUACAUGAUUUUCUGGUUCCCACUUGUAUUCUACUGUAUCUCACACUUCUAUUGCAAAUAAAUUGUCUGUUCCAAAAAAAGAAAAGGCAUC